AUGUUUAUCUAUCUGAGCAAAAAGAUCGCCAUCCCAAACGGCGUCAAGCUCCACACCGUCUCCUGGUACAAUGACCAGGGAUGGAUUGCCUGUGGUGGUGAUGAGGGGCUGCUCAAGGUCCUGAAGCUCGAGACCCCCGUCGCAACCACCGAGCCCAACAACUACAAUUCUCGCCGCGACCCGACCAGCACCAGCGCCGCAGGACAGGGCGCAGGCUCGACUGGUACUGGGCAGCACCUGAGCAAUCUGUCCAUGAACCAAACGUUGGAAGGGCACACGGGCGCUGUCGUGGUCUCGACUUGGAACCAACAACACAGGAAACUGACAACCUCAGACCAGCAGGGCUUGAUCAUUGUGUGGAUUCUCUACAAGGGAAUCUGGUACGAGGAGAUGAUCAACAACCGAAACAAAAGCACGGUCUCCGACAUGCAAUGGAAUCGGGACGGGCAGAAGAUCUGCAUCGCAUAUGAGGAUGGCGCCGUCAUCGUCGGCUCUGUGGAUGGAAACCGGCUGUGGGGCAAGGAGCUCAAGUGCCAGCUUGCCCACGUCCAGUGGUCGCCCGACGGCAAGAACAUCCUCUUUGGCACGAGUACUGGCGAGCUUCAUCUAUAUGACUCGUCCGGUAACUUUGUGAGCAAAGUCCCGUGCUACGGCAGCGAAAGCGCUGGCCUGCUCAAGAUCGCCGCGCUGGAUUGGUACAACGGCAGCAACGGCUACAUCGAGCCCCGGGCACCUUGUCUGGCUAUAUGCUUCGAAAAUGGCAAGAUCCAGAUCAUGAGGGACGAGAAAGACUCGUCCCCGAUGGUAUUGGACACCAACCUCAGACAUCUCAAGAUGAAGUGGAACAACAACGGAUCGAUCCUGGCCGUCGCCGGCGUCCAGCACGCACGCAGCGCGCAGGGCGACGAGAAGGAAGUCAGCGUCGUCCAUUUUUACGACUCGCAUGGACAGUACGUGAGAUCUCUUAAGGUGCCAGGGAAACGCAUCACAUCCCUGAGCUGGGAGUACAGCGGCCUGCGUAUCGCCUUGGCUGUCGAUUCGUUCAUCUACUUUGCAAACAUUCGACCGGACUAUCGUUGGUCGUUCUUUGCAAGCGAUGUGCUUGUGUAUACCUACACAAAGUCCGAGAGGACCGACACCAACAUUGUCUUCUGGAACUCCAAGACCAACGAGAAGAACACAAAGAACACAUCCAAGUUGGUGGCACUUGCAUCAAGCGGAGAUUAUUGCGUGCUAGUGACCAAGAUCGAAGAGCUGAGCGAGCAAUAUCAAAUCAGCGUGGUCAACUCCAUCGGCACUUCCAUCGAAUCCAAGCAGAUUGACUUUGAGCCCAGAUUUGCGGCGAUCAACAAGACACACGUCUUUGUGGCCUCAUCGGAUAUCGUGAUGUACUGGCAGUUUCGAAGCUCGGUCCUCGGAUCCAAGCUCUCUGCGAUUGACGAAACCAAGGAGCGCGCCUUCCACGUUGACGACAUGUCGGUGAUUGGUACCCGAGACAGUGGGUCGUUUGUGGUUGAGCUAAAGAAGAAGAGGCCCUCGUCAGACUCGAUUGUCUCGGCCACAGCCAGCGAUUCGACCUUUGUGCUUGCGCGACAGAGCGGUCAGCUCCUGCAGUUUGUGCUUCCGUCGAUGACACUCGAGAACAAGUACAGCACCGGUAUACGGACCCAAUUCAUAUCCCUCAACUGCAACUCCUCACGACUUGCGAUGCUCGACACCGCUGGCUUGCUCAAGAUCUUUGAGUUUGACCGCAAAGGUGGCGCGCUCGCUCCCGGAGGAUCCGGGGCUGCCACCAACAUCAGUGGCGGUGCGGGCGGUGCUUCUGGGGGCUCUGUGGGGGUGCCGGCCGGAACGAGUCCGGCAGACGGGUCAAGCGGAUCGGGAUCCACGAUGGUCGGCGGAUUGGUGGGAUCCAAGCAACAGCUGUCAGACAGCGGCAAGCUGCUCGAUUUUGAGAGGAAGGACGUUUGGGAUGUCCGAUGGGCCGAAGACAACCCGGAGCUCUUUGCCAUUAUGGAGAAGACCAGAAUGUACGUCUUCCGCAACCUGGAUCCUGAGGAGCCCAUCACAUGCUCGGGAUACAUAUGUGGAUUCGACAAGCUCCAGAUCAAGGCCGUGCUGCUGGACGAGCUGCUGAAGGAUCCCGAGGGUCCAUCCAAGGAGCACAUUAUUAACAUGGAGACCAAAUCGCUGCGCGAUACCCGAAACAUUCUUAGUCAGGUCGGCAUCGCGGACGCUCUCCAGUUUGUGGAAGACAACCCACAUCCUCGGCUGUGGAAGUUGAUCGCGGACGCUUCUCUGGAGGAGCUCGACUUUACGGUUGCCCAGAAGGCACUGAUCCGCUGCACGGACUACCAGGGCAUUCAAUUCAUCAAGCGGCUCCAGAAAUAUGAUGAUAAAAUGAAGCAACGCGCUGAGAUCGAGGCAUAUUUUGGCCACCACGACGCCGCAGAGAAGAUCUAUCUCGAGAUGGAUCGCAAGGAUCUUGCCAUCGACUUGCGUAUCCGUUUGGGCGAUUGGUUCCGUGUGAUCCAGCUCAUCAAGAGCGGCGGCAGUGGCGGAGAUGACAUUGUCCUCGAGAAAGCGUGGAACGCCAUUGGCGAUUACUACUUUGACCGGCAACGAUGGUCUCAAUCCAUCACGUACUACACCCAAGGCCGCAGCAACGAGCGGCUUAUCGAGUGCUUCUACUUUCUGGACGACUACGAGAAUCUCGAGAAAAUGAUAUAUCAGCUCCCUGAUGGCGAUCCUCUUCUCAGGAACCUGGCCGACAAGUUUGUGACUGUGGGCAUGUGCGAGCAGGCCGUGGCUGCAUUUGUCAAGAUCAACGACAUACAAGCUGCCAUCGAUACGUGCAUAUACCUCAGUCAAUGGAACACUGCGGUCGAGCUUGCUGAGGCGCACAAAUUCAAGGAGAUUGAGCCUCUGCUUGCAAAGUACGCCAGUCAUUUGCUUCAGAGCAACCGAGUCAUCGAAGCCAUCGAGCUCUACCGCAAGGCCAACGCUUGUGAAAAGUCUGCCAAGCUUCUGUUUGACCUUGCUAAGACUGCCACAAAGGCGAACAAAAGCCCGCUGUGCAUCAAGAAGCUCUAUGUCCUUGCAGCACUCGAAGUCGAAGCCUACCACAAACUACACAAGUCCGGGAAGGGACUGGGCCGCGAGAGUGUCACGGCGGCACUGGACGGUCUACUCGAGGAGGACAAGAAGAACACCAUGGACGGCAAGUUCCUGGAAAAUGCCUGGCGCGGCGCCGAGGCAUAUCAUUUUUACCUUCUGUGCCAACGGCAAUACUACUCGGGCAACUUUGAGGGCGCCGUGAACACGGCCAGCGUUCUCCGUGAUUACGAGGAUAUCCUUGAUCCGGAAGUCAUCUACUGCCUGCUUGCGCUGGUGAGCAUCCAAGCCAAGCAAUUCGGCACCUGCUCGCGAGCCCUGGUCAAACUCGAGGCCCUUUCGACACUUUCCGAGGACACUCAAGCCAGCUACGAAAGGCUCGCUCUGUCAAUCUUUACCCAAUAUCCACCUGUCGAUCCCAAGGGCACACUGGUCAGCUGCACAAACUGCGCUGGUUCUAUCAGAGACAACCAAACGUUCUGCAACCACUGCCACAUUGCCUUCCCGACCUGCAUUGCUUCUGGACGCCCGAUCAUCGAGGCGAUCCACUUUAUGUGUCACUGUCAUACCAGUCUGUGA